AUGGUGGACCUCGGCUUCAUGAAGCUCCCGUGCGCGGGCGACUUUAGCGUCUUCAAACUGCUCUUCGGCAUGGCCUGUGCCUGUGUGUCGAUCGCUAAGGUGUUCGCGUUUACAGAUCUGGUCGGUCCCGCGCUGGCGACGAGCCUCGAGGCCUCGCGCGGCGGCGUCGACUUAGAGCCACUUAUCGACGCGCUGAGACCGGCGGCGCUCGUCACGCUCGGGUGGAACGUCCUAUUUUACAACCUGCUCGGGUCGCAAGUCUGGACGCUCGCGGUCGUGCGCAUCUUCGAGUUUGUGCAACCGGAAGAAGUCGACGAGGCCUACCACCGCGUCGCGGCGCGCUGGUCGGCCAACACCCUCGAGCAAGCUCCGGUCUUCCUCUCCUCGCUCUGGCUCUACGCUCUGUUCGCCGACUCGGCCUCCGCGGGCACGCUGGGCGCCCUCUACUUAGUUUCGAGGUUAAUGUACCCGCUCGUCUAUUGCUGGAUUGGAAGAUUUACGUUCGGCUUCGAGCCCGUGACGCAGACGGGCUACGGCGUCGUCGGCGUGUUCUGGCUCGGGACGUAUAUGGCGCUCGUCGACCAAGGCUGGCUCUGGUGGGUAUCGUCUGUGGGACCUGUCCCGGCGGCUCUGACGGGAUUCGCCGUCGGUUCGCUGGCCCUCUUCCCCGGGCUCCCGACGGCUCCGUUCUACACGUUUGCACACUUCAAGUGCCACACGAGGAAGCACAAGCGCGCCUAG